CUCGGAGGGGGUGCAUCCGUGGGAAAAAGCGAGCUGGUCCUACACCGCAGCGCGGCUGGAGCGGGGCUCUUGCAGCCUGGUUUGCAAACGGCAGAGCCUGUUAUUCUCCGAGACAAUGGAAUAGGAAAUGCCCUCCGUGCUGGGCGAUUCCGUAAGGAGGAACUCGUUGGACUUCCUGGGUGGUUUCGAGCAGAUUCUGUUCCUCAAGGCAGUUGAUCACAGCUGACUGGAUAACAAACUACCGGAUCAAUGAACAGAAAUUCACUGAGAUGACAUAGGGAGGGGCGUCAAGGACCAUGGUGCAGAAAAAGAAAAUCUGCCCUCGCUUACUUGACUAUCUUGUGAUCAUUGGAGCCAGGCAGCCAAGUAGUGACAGCAUUGCUCAGACUCCUGAAUUGCUGCGACGUUACCCUUUAGAAGACCAUGUGGACUUUCCUCUACCACCUGAUGUUGUAUUCUUCUGCCAGCCAGAAGGAUGCCUGAGUGUGCGGCAAAAACGCAUGAGCUUCCGUGAUGACACUUCCUUUGUCUUUACACUCACAGACAAGGAUACAGGUGUCAUUCGCUAUGGAAUCUGUGUCAACUUCUACCGCUCCUUCCAGAAGCGAGUACCCAAGGAGAAGGGAGAAGGAACAGGGGGGCAUCGAGCUCGGGAGGGGCAGAAAAUCCCCAAAUCUGGGGAUGCAUCUGCACCCCAAGAGGAAGUGAGCACUGAGAGUUCCGAGAGUAGUUCUGCAUUGCAGGCUCCAAGUACAGAGUCUACCCCAGAUGUGAAUCGAUCACCACGCAAUAAGCGUCUGGCCAAAGGCAGUCAUCGCUCUCGGAACAGCUCUCUGACCUCUCUGUGCAUUCUUAGUCAUUAUCCCUUCUUUUCCACCUUUCGUGAAUGUCUAUACACGCUCAAGAGACUUGUGGACUGCUGUAGUGAGAGAUUGUUGGGCAAGAAGUUGGGAAUUCCUCGUGGAGUGCAGAGGGAUACAAUGUGGCGGAUUUUCACAGGCUCCCUCCUUGUGGAAGAAAAGUCUAGUGCAUUGCUACACGACUUGCGGGAGAUAGAGGCCUGGAUAUACCGGCUUCUCCGCUCACCGAUGCCUGUUGCUGGUCAGAAGCGGGUGGAUGUGGAAGUCUUGCCACAUGAGUUGCAGCCAGCUUUGACCUUUGCUCUUCCUGAUCCAUCCCGCUUCACCUUGGUGGAUUUUCCAUUACAUCUGCCUUUGGAGUUGUUGGGAGUGGAUGCCUGCCUGCAGGUGCUGACCUGCAUCCUUCUGGAACACAAGGUUGUAUUGCAGUCCCGGGAUUAUAAUGCGCUCUCAAUGUCUGUGAUGGCCUUUGUGGCUAUGAUCUACCCAUUAGAGUACAUGUUCCCAGUGAUCCCUCUGCUUCCCACCUGCAUGGCCUCUGCAGAACAGUUGCUUCUAGCCCCUACACCUUAUAUCAUUGGUGUUCCAGCAAGUUUCUUCCUUUAUAAACUGGAUUUUAAAAUGCCUGAUGAUGUGUGGCUUAUUGACCUGGAUACCAACAGGGUGAUUGUUCCCACAAAUGCAGAAGCUUUGCCAGCACUGCCAGAACCAGAAGCUUCAGAGCUGAAAAAGCAUCUGAAACAGUGUCUGGUUAGCAUGACUGCAAUCACUCAGAAACAACUGCUCACUCCUGACAACAAGGCACUGGCCAGCAUGAGUCUGAAUACUCAGCCCAUUCUUAAUCUAGAGAAGUUCCACGAGGGGCAGGAUGUGCCACUGCUGCUGGGAAGACCGCAGAAUGAUUUGCAGUCUACUCCCUCCACAGAAUUCAACCCUCUGAUCUAUGGAAAUGAUGUGGACUCUGUGGAUGUGGCUACCAGGGUUGCUAUGGUGAGAUUCUUCAACUCGCCAAAUGUUUUGCAAGGUUUCCAGAUGCAUACUCGCAUUCUUCGUCUCUUCCCACGACCAGUGGUGGCCUUCCAGGCAAAUUCUUUUCUUGCCUCUAGGCCGAAGCAAACACCUUUUGCAGAUAAGCUUUCCAGGACACAGGCGGUAGAAUAUUUUGGAGAAUGGUCACUCAACCCUACUAACUAUGCUUUCCAAAGAAUCCAUAAUAACAUGUUUGACCCAGCACUGAUUGGUGACAAACCGAAGUGGUAUGCUCACCAGCUGCAGCCCAUCCACUAUCGUGUCUAUGACAGUAAUUCACAGCUGGCUGAUGCACUUAAUGUCCCAGUAGAGAAAGAAACAGACUCUGAUCCCACUGAUGACAGCAGUGGCAGUGACAGUGUUGACUAUGACGACUCAAGUUCCUCCUAUUCCUCCCUCGGUGACUUUGUCAGUGAGAUGAUGAAAUGUGACAUUAAUGGUGAUACUCCAAAUGUUGACCCCCUGACUCACGCAGCCCUUGGUGAUGCUAGUGAAGUGGAAUUUGAUGAUUUUCAAGAAUAUUCAGGGGAUCUGGAUGAACAGGCCAUGGACAGUGAAAACUCCCAAGAGAACAACCAGCCUCGUUCAAGUUCCAGUACUACAGCCAGUAGCAGCCCCAGCACUGUCAUCCAUGGAGUGAAUCAUUUGUACGUUACACAAAUUAGCGAACAGAUCAAUGAUUUGACUGGUCCACAGGAGUCAGCAGAUUCAGCAGAAAUGGAAGAGAAAUUGGUUUCUGGAUUUUCAAGCCAUCUCCCUUCCUUGCCACUACAACCGAGCUUUCCCAAGAUAAGCUUGGAUCGUCGUGAGAGUGACAGUACAGCUGGCAACAUGAGCUCCUCAGAAGGGGUGGUGAGGAAACGAGAAUAUGACAAUCCAUACUUUGAACCACAGUAUGGUUUUCCAGCGGAGGAUGAAGAUGAUGAUCAGGAAGAGAGCUACACCCCGAGAUUUAACCAGAAUCUCAAUGGAAGCAGGUCUCAGAAGUUACUCCGUCCAAACAGUUUAAAACUGGCCAAUGAUUCUGAUGCAGAUUCAGAUUCCAGGGCCAGCUCCCCAAACUCUACUGUCUCCAACAACAGCAGUGAAGGUUUUGGGGGCAUCAUGUCUUUCGCAAGCAGCCUGUACAGAAACCACAGCACAAGUUUCAGUCUGUCCAACUUAGCCCUACCAACCAAAGUUGGGAGAGACAAGAAUACUCCCUUUCCCAGCCUAAAAGAUUACUUUAAUCUGGAAGUGGGAAGGGAUGUGAAUGAAGUAUUUGGGUUAAAUACUAUAAUGGAGAUUAUUACUGAAGCUGGCCCAGUAAGCAAUGAAGGAAACAGACGAGCCCUUGUGGAUCAAAAGUCUUCAGUGAUUAAGCACAGCCCAACAGUGAAGAGAGAAUCUCCAUCGCCUCAGGGACGAACUAGCAAUUCCAGUGAGAACCAGCAGUUUCUGAAGGAGGUAGUACACAAUGUUCUUGAUGGGCAAGGUGUUGGCUGGCUGAACAUGAAGAGAGUCCGACGUCUGCUGGAGAGUGAGCAGCUCCGUGUCUUUGUACUAAGCAAGUUGAAUCGGACAAUCCAGUCAGAAGAAGAUGCUCGACAGGAUAUCAUACAGGAUGUGGAGAUCAGCCGCAAGGUUUAUAAAGGCAUGCUGGACUUGCUGAAGUGCACUGUGUUGAGCCUGGAGCAGUCAUAUGCAAAUGCUGGCCUGGGAGGCAUGGCCAGUGUUUUUGGCCUGCUAGAGAUAGCACAUACUCACUAUUACAACAAAGAACCAGAAAAGAGGAAACGAAGUCCAACAGAUGGAUCUGUCACACCAAUUGGCAAGGAUUCUGCAUCAUCGCCGAGAGCGGAGCCAAAACCUGCGAGGCAGCUGCUGGUACCUCAGCUGAUGCCAAAGGCACCAAGCCCUGCAGGCAAAGGGCCAAGGGAGUUUGACACAAGGAGUCUAAAGGAAGAAAAUUUUAUUGCUUCUAUUGAAUUGUGGAACAAGCACCAGGAGGUGAAAAAGCAAAAAUCUUUGGAAAAAACGAGGCCAGAAGGUGUGAAACACUUUGAUUUGGGAGAAACGGAUGAGAAAAAAUCCCAAAUCAGUGCAGACAGUGGCCUCAGUUUGGCCUCAGGUUCUCAGAAGAGUGAUUUCGACUCUAUUCCCAGUGGAGGACCAGCAGUUAUGGUCCGAAGUACAAGCCAGGAUUCUGAAGUUAGCACAGUGGUUAGUAACAGUUCCGGAGAGACGUUAGGAGCAGAUAGUGACUUGAGUAGCAAUGCUGGUGAUGGUCCGAGUGUGGAAAAUGGUGGUAAUUUGACAGGAUCCAGAGGCACUGUGUCAGACAGUGAAAUUGAGACAAACUCUGCUACUAGCUCUAUCUUUGCAAAGUCUCACAACCUGAAGCAGAAUGUGAAGGAUGGCAAAGGCAGUACUCCAGGGAGGUGUCCAGAGGAUGGGAACCAGCGUGUCUAUCUCUAUGAAGGACUUUUGGGUAGGGAUAAAGGAUCUGUCUGGGACCAGUUAGAGGAUGCUGCAAUGGAAACCUUCUCUAUGAGCAAAGAACGUUCAACUUUGUGGGACCAGAUGCAGUUCUGGGAAGAUGCUUUUUUGGAUGCUGUGAUGUUAGAAAGAGAAGGAAUGGGGAUGGAUCAGGGACCUCAGGAGAUGAUUGACAGGUAUCUUUCCCUGGGAGAACAUGAUCGAAAGCGUUUGGAGGAUGAUGAGGACCGCUUGUUGGCUACACUGCUGCAUAAUAUGAUUGCUUAUAUGCUUAUGAUAAAGGUGAACAAGAAUGACAUUAGGAAAAAGGUGCGUCGUCUAAUGGGAAAAUCACAUAUUGGACUGGUGCACAGCCAGCAAAUAAAUGAUAUUCUAGACAAACUUGCCAAUCUGAAUGGACGGGAACUCCCUGUGAGACCCAGUGGCAGCCGCCACAUCAAGAAGCAGACUUUUGUAGUACAUGCUGGGACAGACACAACAGGAGAUAUAUUUUUCAUGGAGGUAUGUGAUGAUUGCAUUGUGCUGAGAAGCAACAUUGGAACUGUGUAUGAACGUUGGUGGUAUGAGAAACUGAUCAACAUGACUUACUGUCCCAAAACAAAAGUGCUGUGCCUUUGGCGGAGGAAUGGUCAGGAGACACAACUGAACAAGUUCUACACAAAGAAAUGUCGGGAAUUAUACUACUGCGUAAAAGACAGUAUGGAGCGAGCAGCAGCGAGACAGCAAAGCAUUAAACCAGGUCCUGAGUUGGGUGGUGAGUUCCCUGUGCAGGAUAUGAAAACCGGUGAAGGAGGUCUUCUUCAAGUCACACUGGAAGGAAUUAACCUGAAAUUUAUGCACAGUCAGGUUUUCAUAGAGCUGAAUCACAUUAAAAAGUGCAAUACUGUGCGAGGAGUCUUUGUCCUGGAGGAAUUUGGUUUAGAUGGCAGCAUGAAAGUUGGAAUUGUGAUUUCAGAGCAGGAUCCAAGCAGAAGUUCAGGAAUUGUUGCCCAAAAUGGAAGUGGAGAUUUAAUUCCUGAAACUAAAGAAGUGGUGAGCCACAAGUACAAGACGCCAAUGGCUCAUGAGAUCUGCUACUCCGUGCUGUGUCUCUUCUCUUAUGUGGCUGCCAUUCGUGGAAAAGAGGCAGAAAACAAAAGCAAACCACCUCGACCUGUUUCCAGUUGAUCAUGAUAUUGGGAAUACCUACCCUUUGGCACACUGAUGUGCAGUACUCCCAUUUUUACUGCAGUUUCCAGAGCUCACUCCAGUGUCUUCUAUGAGACCUUGAUUAUUCAUGUAUGACCCUGCAGUCUUUCCCCAUAGAAAAACCUAGGACUUCACUGCUCAGUUUCCUUCUGAUUUUGUCCCUAAUGGAGAUUUUAUAUAAGCUGUUAAUCAGACAGUUUUGAGCAUCAGCAUCCAGCUGUGACUGACUUACUGUGGCCAUUCCUUUGGAAUUCCUUUUUUCUUAAGAUGAAUAACGGAUUGAAUUUGGUUGUUUUUUUUGUUUGUAGUGGUACUUGUUACAGAUGUAUCACUUUACAACUGCAGGCUUCUACUCUCAGAUUUUCUUGUAUGUGCACAGUGGAAGCAGUCUGGUCCUGCAUGUUGUUUAAAUGUAGUGUUUUUAUUGUUUUCCUUCUAUGUUGUUCAUUCUUACCCACCAACAUGGAAUUCUUGUUGCAUAGUUCUUCAGACCCUUUUGGUAGAGAUGUGCUAUUUAGCUACCAUAGUCUUAAAAUAUCAUGUGACAAUUGAAGUUCGGCUAUUACACUGGUCCUUCUAUGGAGAUGACUGCUUCUCAAAUGGGAAGUAGAGAAAGAGCCUUUGAAAGCAGUAUAUUAUGAAAAACCCUGAUACCUCAUGGACUGCGUGGAUUUUGAAAUGGGAGUUCAGGUAACAUUUGUAGAUAUCCCAGCAGUAAACAGAUGCCUGUAAGCGCAACCUAAAGCAGUUAAUCACAGGGAUUAGAAAAUGAAUAAGGAAAUGUAAAACUUGGAAGCAUUAUUGGCAGAAGCACAUGGCAGACCCAUGUCUUUUUGGGUUUCUAGCUAUAGUCUACACAAGAUAUUUCUAUAGCAAUCUGUAGAACAUGUUCAGAAGCCCAAGGAUUAUGCUGUCUGCAAAUAUUUUAAGCUGUUGCUUUCUUCCAGUCUGUACAUGUAUAUCAAGGAAUCUUGCAAAUACUGUGUUAACGUAUAAUGAAACUCCCACAGAUAAAACUGUUCAUCACAUUCCUUAUUUUAAGUAGGAUGAAUGUGAAUGUUUUUUGCAUCCUGAUUUUGUUCUUGAACUGUAUUGCACUUGUCUGGAAAACUCCUUGGAUGCUGGAAGGAGACUGUCUAGAGAAAAUAAUGUUAUAUGUAAAGUACCUGGGAAAAAAAAAAUGUUCUGAUUCAAACUUAUGUAUUGUAUGUUUUGACAUGGAAUUCUGAGGAAAUGCACCCAGAAAUAACCCUGUCUUGGCUUGGUCAGGGUGCCCACCAAUGGAAUUCGAAUGGAAUACAUGGGUGAGGAAAUGAUGUAAAUAUUAUAGUACAACAUCUCUUUAUAGAAACUGUACAGCUGUCUGAAUGUGAAAAUAAAAUGUCAUUCAACCAGCAAGUGGGUUUUAUCCUCCUGUGAUUUUCUAUUUAUGUAGCUUAUUCUGAGAUGCACUACAAUGCACCAUAUACAAAAUACAUCAUACACGUAUAUGACACAAUGAAAAAGAGAAGACUAUAAAUGGAA